UUUCUCUCUCUUUCUCUCUCACUUCAGCAGCAUUUUUCACAGUCGAAAAUUUUUCCAGGUGCACUGCUCACAUCCAUAGGUUUUUUCUUUGUUCGUUUUUGUUUGUAUUAGAUGCAAAUAAUAGGAAAAAUACAUAGUUCGAUUUGGAGGUUUUGAUUUUGUUUUCGGUUGCUGGAGGUUCCAAAUGUCAUCGGUGGAGUCUUUAAGUCCGGUAAUUCGGACGAAGUUUCAUCUUGAUUCGAACUGUAAUCUUCGUUGUUGGAAUGGAUUGGGAUUUUUCCGUUGUAAAUCUAGGGUAUUGCACCGGAAUUCAAACCGUUUUGUUCCGAAUUCGGUGCCCUUUCCCUCUGUAAAGUUGUAUAGACUAGCGUCUUCGAAAAACUCGGAUAGAUUCAAUCUUUGGGGAGGUUUCGCGGGGAAUUUCGGGUCAAGGAGAAUCAAGAUAUGUGCAAAUGGUAGGGAUAGUGAUUCGACGGGUGGUUCAGGGGAGAAGAGUGAAGCUAAACCUAGCGAAACUCAGGGGGUGAGUAAGAACACGCCGAAUUCAGGCUCUUCGUCGAAUCGGAGACGGGAGAAGCACGGGAAGGGAGGUGGUUGGUGGUGGUCUAAAGGUGGAAAAUGGCGGUGGCAGCCAAUAGUUCAGGCCCAAGAGAUUGGAAUUCUGCUUCUGCAGCUUGGAAUUGUAAUUUUCGUUAUGCGAUUGCUUCGUCCAGGGAUUCCAUUGCCGGGGUCCGAACCCAGGAUACCAACGACAUUUGUAAGUGUGCCGUAUAGUGACUUCUUAAGCAAGAUCAACAGUAAUAACGUCCAGAAGGUAGAAGUUGAUGGGGUGCAUAUCAUGUUUAAGUUGAAAUCUGAACCCGGGACUCAGGAAAGUGAAAUAAUUAGUGGAAGCAAGCUGCAGGAAUCGGAGUCGUUGAUAAGAAGUGUUAGUCCCACUAAAAAAGUGGUUUAUACAACUACCAGGCCAGGUGAUAUUAAAACUCCUUACGAUAAGAUGCUUGAAAAUGCAGUGGAGUUUGGGUCACCAGACAAACGAUCGAAUGGAUUCUUGAACUCUGCAUUGAUAGCUUUGUUCUAUGUUGCUGUGCUUGCAGGGCUUCUCCACCGGUUUCCUGUAACCUUUUCACAGCAUACAGCUGGUCAAAUUAGGAACCGCAAGUCUGGAGGUUCUGGUGGGGCAAAAGUCUCUGAACAAGGUGAAUCAAUUACCUUUGCUGAUGUGGCUGGCGUUGAUGAGGCUAAGGAGGAGCUAGAAGAAAUCGUGGAAUUUUUACGGAAUCCAGAUAGGUAUAUUCGACUUGGUGCUCGUCCUCCUCGAGGUGUCCUCCUGGUGAGUCUUAAUGGAAGAAGGACGAUGAUUAUCAAGGUGGGCCUACCGGGGACAGGUAAGACUCUUCUAGCCAAGGCAGUUGCUGGGGAAGCUGAAGUACCCUUUAUAAGUUGUUCUGCUAGUGAAUUUGUAGAACUAUAUGUUGGCAUGGGUGCCUCUCGUGUGAGAGAUCUCUUUGCACGGGCAAAGAAAGAGGCACCAUCAAUCAUCUUUAUUGAUGAGAUUGAUGCUGUAGCAAAAAGUCGUGAUGGUAAAUUUCGUAUUGUCAGCAAUGAUGAGAGAGAGCAAACCUUGAAUCAGUUGCUUACUGAGAUGGAUGGGUUUGACAGCAACUCUGCUGUCAUUGUUCUGGGUGCAACCAACCGAUCAGACGUUUUAGACCCUGCUCUUCGCCGACCUGGGAGAUUUGAUCGUGUUGUUAUGGUCGAAACACCAGACCGAACUGGAAGGGAAUCAAUUUUAAAAGUACAUGUCACCAAGAAAGAGCUCCCCCUUGCAAAUGAUGUCAAUCUCAGUGAUAUUGCUUCGAUGACCACAGGUUUUACAGGGGCAGAUCUUGCAAAUCUGGUUAAUGAAGCUGCUCUUUUGGCUGGAAGACAGAACAAAAAUGUGGUGGAAAAGGACGAUUUUAUUCAAGCAGUGGAGCGAUCGAUAGCUGGCAUAGAGAAGAAGACCGCCAAAUUACAAGGAAGCGAGAAGACUGUAGUUGCACGACAUGAGGUUGGUCAUGCAGUUGUUGGCACAGCUGUUGCAAAUCUUCUCCCUGGACAGCCACGUGUAGAGAAAUUAAGCAUAUUACCAAGGUCAGGAGGGGCACUUGGGUUUACCUAUAUUCCUCCAACAAAUGAAGAUAGAUAUUUGCUCUUCAUCGAUGAGUUGCGUGGCCGUUUGGUUACGCUUCUUGGAGGACGUGCAGCAGAAGAAGUAGCCUUUUCAGGUCGUAUUUCAACCGGUGCACUUGAUGAUAUCAGACGGGCAACCGACAUGGCAUACAAAGCAGUGGCUGAAUAUGGUCUGAAUCAAACAAUAGGUCCCGUGUCUAUAGCAACGCUUUCUGGUGGUGGGAUUGAUGAGUCUGGGGGAGCUGUCUCUUGGGGAAGGGACCAGGGUCACCUUGUUGAUCUUGUUCAACGAGAGGUCAAAGCAUUGCUACAAUCUGCUCUCGAGAUCGCGCUUACAGUUGUGCGUGCAAACCCAGCUGUCUUGGAAGGCCUUGGUGCCCAUUUAGAAGAAAAAGAAAAAGUAGAAGGUGAAGAGCUGCAACAGUGGCUGAGAAUGGUCGUUGCACCAAAAGAAUUGACAACCUUCGUAAGAGGCAAGCAAGAAUCUCUUCUCCCAGUACAGACAGUGAACUCAUCCCCAGCUUCAUAGCCAUCAUGUAUAAUUCUUGUAUACUUAGAGUAAGUUAAAUUUCCGCGCAUUCUUUAUAAGAUACCUGCUGGUUGGAUGUGUCAUGUUACAGAAUGGGAGAAAAAAUACCAGCAAAAUGCAGCAGCAGCAGUCUAAGCACCUCGUUAUAGAGCCGUGUUCAAGUGUCGCAAUGCGUUGGCCACCAUUUUAACAGUAUCCAACUUCAUAUCUGUAAUUUAUUACCCAGCUUUACACAUUGUUGUACUGUAAAUAUAUAGCGUUCCCCUAAGUUGCAAAUGUAUGAAGUCUGGGUCAAUAUACUUAUACUCUCAAAAGUUAUCAAAGAAUUUGUGCAUUUUCUAUGUUGAGUUCAUUGAA